AUGUUAUGUUCAUGGUCCCUGGCAUCUAGUGGGAACUACUAUUUCAUCCCGUACAUCGUAACACCUUGUGCUGAUUACUUUUGCUGUGAAAGCAAUGCCCAGCGGAGAGCCUCAGAGUACAUGCAGCCCAACUGGGACAACCUCCUGGGCCCACUGUGUGUUCCCUUGAUGGACAGAUUUAUCAGUCUUCUCAAGGACAUCCAUGUUACCUCGUGUGCCUAUUACAAAGAAACCUUGUUAAAUGACAUUCGGAAAGCCAGGGAAAAAUAUCAAGGUGAUGAAUUGGCAAAGGAACUGGCCAGAAUUAAACUCCGUAUGGAUAAUACUGAAGUCCUGACGUCAGACAUUGUCAUUAAUCUGCUGUUGUCAUACCGUGAUAUCCAGGACUAUGAUGCUAUGGUAAAAUUGGUGGAAACAUUGGAGAUGCUGCCCACGUGUGAUUUGGCCAAUCAGCAUAAUAUCAAGUUCCACUAUGCCUUUGCACUAAACAGGAGGAAUCAUGCCGGUGACCGAGGGAAGGCACUCCAAGUGAUGCUUCAAGUUCUACAAACAUGUGAUCAUCCUGCUCCAGAUAUGUUCUGCCUGUGUGGGAGAAUCUAUAAGGACAUAUUCCUUGAUUCAGACUGCAAGGACGUGGAAAGCAGAGACUCUGCCAUUGAAUGGUACCGAAAGGGGUUUGAGCUCCAGUCAUCUCUUUACUCUGGAAUUAAUCUGGCUGUUUUGCUGAUUGUCGCUGGACAACAAUUUGAAACUUCUAUGGAACUGAGAAAAAUAGGUGUCCGGCUGAAUAGUUUGCUGGGAAGAAAAGGAAGCUUGGAAAAAAUGAACAAUUACUGGGAUGUUGGUCAGUUCUUCAAUGUGAGCAUGUUGGCCAAUGACAUAGGGAAAGCGGUACAAGCCGCAGAGAGGCUAUUUAAACUCAAGCCUCCCAUCUGGUAUCUGAGGUCAUUAGUUCAGAAUCUGCAGCUAAUUCAACGCUUUAAGAAACUCACCAUUGAACACUCUCAUAGACAGGAGCUCCUUAACUUCUGGCUGGAUAUAAUUUUUGAGGCAACCAAGGAAAUCAUGAAUGGACUGAGAUUUCCGGUUCUAGUGAUUGAGCCAACCAAAGUCUACCAGCCUUCUUAUGUUUCCAUAAACAAGGAGGCAGAAGAGAGAACUGUCUCUUUGUGGCAUGUCUCACCCACAGAAAUGAAACAGAUUCAUGAAUGGAAUUUUACAGCCUCCUCCAUUAGGGGAAUAAGCAUAUCCAAGUUUGAUGAACGGUGUUGUUUUCUUUAUGUCCAUGAUAACUCUGAUGACUUUCAAAUUUACUUUUCUACUGAAGACCAGUGCAGUCGGUUUUGCUCUUUAGUCAAAGAGAUUAUAACGGAUGCGGUGGGCUGUACAGUGGAAUUAGAAGGGGAGAUCGACGGGGACACGUUAGAGUAUGAAUAUGAUUAUGAUGAGAAUGGUGAAAAAGUAGUCCUGGGGAAAGGCACAUAUGGAAUUGUGUACGCCGGGAGAGAUCUUAGCAACCAAGUUCGGAUAGCUGUCAAAGAGAUACCUGAGAGAGACAGCAGGUACUCUCAGCCUUUACAUGAAGAGAUAGCCCUGCACAAGUAUUUGAAGCAUCGCAACAUUGUCCAGUAUCUUGGCUCUGUUUCAGAAGAUGGCUACAUUAAAAUAUUUAUGGAGCAGGUGCCUGGAGGAAGCCUUUCUGCCCUUCUGAGAUCAAAAUGGGGCCCAAUGAAAGAACCUACAAUAAAAUUUUAUACCAAGCAGAUACUGGAGGGCCUUAAAUAUCUCCAUGAAAACCAGAUAGUUCAUAGGGAUAUAAAGGGUGAUAAUGUUUUAGUAAAUACUUAUAGCGGAGUGGUGAAGAUUUCUGACUUUGGGACCUCCAAACGACUCGCAGGAGUGAAUCCGUGCACCGAGACCUUCACAGGCACUCUACAAUAUAUGGCACCUGAGAUCAUUGAUAAGGGGCCUCGAGGAUAUGGUGCCCCUGCUGACAUCUGGUCCCUGGGCUGUACCAUCAUUGAAAUGGCAACAGGCAAGCCUCCAUUUCAUGAGCUCGGGGAACCUCAAGCAGCCAUGUUUAAAGUGGGCAUGUUCAAGAUACACCCAGAGAUCCCAGAAUCACUGUCAGCAGAAGCCAGAGCUUUCAUUUUGUCCUGUUUUGAACCCGACCCCAACAGACGAGUCACAGCCUCUGACCUGCUCAAGGAUACAUUCUUGAAGCAGGUGAACAAGGGCAAGAAGAACCGAAUUGCUUUCAAACCUUCAGAUUACACCAGGAGUGUAUCUCUCCCUCUGCCUGUCCAAGGAGAACAAGCCGGUGGCAGCAGCAGCAGUGAACAUGGCUCCAUUUCUCCGGACUCGGACGUGCAACAUGCCUUCUUUGAGAAGACAAAGCGGCUGGUGUCAGAGGUGCAAACCAAGCAUCACCUCUCCCAGUUACUAAGCGUUCCUGAUGAGAACUCUAUCUCUGAAGAUCGUAGCAUGUCCCCGUCCCUGGAGGACAGAGACUCUGGGCUCUUCCUGCUGAGGAAGGACAGUGAACGCCGGGCCAUUCUGUACAAAAUCCUCCGAGAGGAACAAGACAAAGUGGCCUCAAACCUACAGGAGUGCGUGGCCCAGAGUUCUGAAGAGUUGCACCUCUCAGUUGCCCAUAUCAAGCAGAUAAUUGGGAUUUUGAGAGACUUCAUCCGCUCCCCUGAGCACAGAGUUAUGGCAUCUACCAUAUCUAAGCUAAAAGUCGAUCUCGACUUCGACAGCACUUCCAUCAAUCAGAUUCAUUUGGUCCUGUUUGGAUUUCAGGACGCUGUGAGUAAAAUCUUGCGGCAUCAUUUAAUCAGGCCCCACUAGAUGUUUGCGAUGGAUAAUAUCAUACGUCGAGCAGUGCAGGCUGCUGUGACCAUUCUCAUUCCAGAGCUUCGAGCACACUUUGAGCCAGCCUCUGAAAUGGAAGGAGUAGAUAAGGAUGCAGAUGAGGUAGAAGAGGACUGCCAGCCAGGAGAUCCAAAUGGAAAUGAAGAACCCAUUGUGGCCUCUGGAGUAAGCAGGACCAGCUCUGUAUUAACCCUGGAAUCCCAACAGCAUCACAAACUUCACCUUCAGCUGAGCAAGCUUAGACAAGAAACCAACAGGCUUCUGGAACACUUGGUUCAAAAAGAGAGAGAAUACCAGAAUUUCCUACGGCAGGCUCUUGAACAGAAAACUCAAGAAUUGUACCUUCUUCAGUUACGGUCCACAUCUGCUGAUAAUCUGGUUACCCCAAUACGACCUCUUGACUCACAGGUGCAAAGAGCAGACAGUGAGCUCACAGACUGGUUGAAAUUACAAGGAGCUGACGCUAAUACAAUUGGAAAGAUUGUUGAAGAGGGUUACACACUUUAUGACAUUCUUAAUGACAUCACUAAGGAAGACCUACGAUAUCUUGGACUUCGUGGUGGUCUUCUCUGCAGAAUCUGGAACACAGUCUCAAAGCACAGACAACAGGCUUGCGAACCCUCACAAAUCAAACAUCAGGUUUAAUCACAGUAAAAAAAAAA